UUUUUUUCUACCCUCCUCUCACUAUGUCAAAAGUGCCCUCUGCUAAAAUAGUCUUACUUAAGGAUCUAAGUGGCUGUCAAGUAGGUGAAUCUGUUAGAGUAACAGGCAUCUGGACAAGAUAUGAUGCGGAUAAAAGUAUUGCAGUGAUCCAAUACAAUGAUAUAGAAGUAGAAAUUGAUAUUAGUCAGGCUCAAGAUCAAACCAUUUUGCCGGAAGGAGACGUUGUUCAAUGUUUAGGUGAAAUAGAAAAGAAGACAUCUGACAUAACACGCAUUCAUGCUAGAAUUAUUCGUUCUGUAAAUACUCUAGAUAUGGAAUUGUAUGAAAGAGCUGUUGAACUAAGAAAUAAGAUCAUUUAAACUGUAAAUAAAUAAGCCUCACUGAUAACUUUGUGUUAGGGCGCCG